AUGAAUAUUCCGUGCGGUACUUCUGUAGCAAUCGGUACACCAAUAGAGUGUGUUUACUGUGUAAAAGGGGUGAAUUACUCUAAUACAAAUGACUAUUCUCAGUGUAAAAGCUGUAGAGACUGCAGUCCACAUGAAAAGUCAUCAGGAAAUUGCACCACUACAGAGGAUGCUUCCAGGUGUUUGGAAAUAUGCAGGAAGGGCUUCUACUGGAAUAAUGUAACAAAUGCAUGUGAUCAAUGUAGUGUCUGCUGUGGGCAACCACCGACAAACCAUGAGAAGCAGUGUGAGGAUUCGGGUCUUCCAGUGACACUUCAGUGUCGAGAAACUCCGCUUCUUGAAUGUGUGGAUACGUAUGAACCCAAAUUAGACAAUAGUCUUUCUUCUAAAAACUUAGUGAUUAUAGUGAUGACAGUUACAACAGCCUGUACAUUAUUUGCAGUUAUUUGUGUUUGCGGUAUCAGAUUUUCUCUUUGGAAGAAAUUUAAAAAAUCUACUGGUAGAGGCAGCCAGGAAACAAGAGAGCUGACAGUUUCUUUAAAAAAAUUACAAGAUGAUGAUGACUUAGAAUCAAUAUCGGUUUAUAGAAGUGCAAGUUACGCAGAAGGAGCUGAUAACAAAAGAAUUUUAACAUCAGGUUAGUAACAAAUUGUACUUUAAAGAUUUGAUAGUUGAUUCGUGAGCAAACAAAGACUCUAUGGCUGAACUACGGUGGUUUCUUAAUAUGUAAUGUUCAUGCCCCUCCGAACAUAGGGUUGCAAAGCCAAGGGGAAGAAGAGCAAGAAAGGGUGAUUAUAAAUGCCCUGAGAGUACAGUGUUCUUGGAUCACAAAUUAAAGGGAGUCUUGACACUUCUAGUAUUGAUGUAUUUGAGAAUUUAAGGAAAACGUGUCUCAAACAUUACAAUCUGGAUCCAGCCCAUUAUUAUAUAUACAUCACUAGGAUUUAAGGGGCUUGGGAUGCAUGUCUUAAACAGAUAGGUCAAUCUCUUGAAUUUCAAUUACCAUGAGAUUAAUGAUAUGUUGAUCAUGGUAGAAUAUGAAAUUCGAGGUGGAAUAACUCAAUGCAAUCAAAAUUCUUAAGGGGAGAUAACAGUUAAACGCUUGUAUUAUGUGUGAGCACUUUUCCUUCAAAAACUUGUCAAAAUGUCAAUUCGAUUUUAACAAUAAAUCACUCAUCCUGAAGUUCUUGGAACGAUGAGUUUUUGAGAAUUUUUGAUGAUUAUAAGAAUAUUUGUAGUCAAUAAAAGUUUGAACGGCAAAUGUUAAAAGUUAUGGGAAAAUGAGGAAAUAUUGGAUUUAAGGGUACUCGAAAAUUGGAAGUGAAUAAUUAAUAGACAACGACCAGACAGUUCGCCCCUCAACGAGGUGGCCCUUAGACAUUUAGCAGACUAACUGGUUUACUUGUAUACCCACUUCUAUCCCUCUUUCUUUCAUUCUCAAUUCAACCCCAAUUCCCCCAAAAUUCAACUGUAAUAACUAAUCAUGGUCAUAUAUUAGAGGCUGAUCUAGAGUAUCCAAUAGUGCUUUGGGAUCUUCAUGAUGAUUACCCCCUUGCUCCGGAAAAGAUGUAAGUGAAUAAUGUGGAGAAAUUACAUGGUAACUUAUUUCCAAAGUAUCAUUAUGUAAUACAUUGAAGAAAUCUAAGACAAUAUCUAAUACUAGAAAUACAUGUAUCGCAGAACCUCGCGAAGCUCGGGGUGGGGAAGGCCCAUAAAAUAUCAGGGAUGGAAGGGGGAGAGAAUUGGAGUAAAUUGGGUAGCUUGGGAGGGCGAGAUUCAACCCUGGCUCUAAGAUUGGAAGGUGAGAUGUAGUUAAUCGCCUUUUGGUUGGAGUAAAUUUCAACCCAUUGCUCUUUUAUUAAAAAGGAGGUUCUGGGAUUUAAAUGGGGUUGGUGAUGUUAAGGAAGGGUAGCCUAUGUUUCAUAGGUUCUGUCUUCACCCAAUUUGAAUGGGUGUGACAUUGAAUAACUGCAGGCGAAUUUGCAGUCAACACAUGCUAUCUUUAAUGUGUAUCAAUAAUUACUUGUAAAGUGUGACCUUAGUCAUGAGUGGAUGAAAUGGUAGGAGAGUAAUGCUGGCGUGAAAAUAACAAGUAAAUGCUGGUAAUUGAACAAAAAAUAUUCAUUUUUAAGUGAAUUACAACAAGAGGGUGUAUGCACUUGUUGUAGUAUAUAAUCACACUUGACAACUAAGGUGUAAACAUAAUCAGUUACACUAAAAUAGAACUUACUUGUAGCAAUGUGAUAUUUUUCUAUUUGACCCCUUUUUUUUCCUUUUCCAACCUUUUCCCCCAAUGGGAAGCCUAGUCCCAGGCUAUGUCAUGAUGGAUGCAGUUAAGGAGAACUAUGAAAGCGAUCAUGACUCAUGAUUACUGAUUAUGUGGUACCCUCAUUAGCACUGAAUUAUCACUGUAAAAAUUACCAAAUCAUUUAUGAAAGUGUUUAUAGUUAUUUGCGUAAAUGCAUGAGAAACAAAUACUCAAAUGUCUCAUGCAAGAGUGAAUUUGUAUGAAAUGUCCACAUACAAGUACUGUUGAAGGUGAUCAGUAUUUCAGUUCUCAACAUGCAUGACCUUGUUGAGAGACAUGGUUGCGAGAGGCAUAGUUUUAUAAAUUCCCAGACUGACAGUCAAACCUUCUUUGACCAAAUGAAUUGACGAUUUGUGCAGAUAUUAAUGAUUCCAAAUUCCAGUCAAAACUUCGUGUACUGGACACAGAUGAGGUAAAACAAAAGACUUUUUUGUUUUCUGCUGAGGGAAAAUCUGCUUGGCAUGUUUUUAUGGUUUUUGGUCCUUUCGCUUUAUAUGUCAUCUGUGUCUGGUAUACAAAAUAAGUGCCCAAACUCCCAUCACAGCUAUCCUGUCCACCUAUUUAAUACAUGAAUUUAUUGUGAAUGUAAAGUGCAGAAUGGAUUGAUCUCAAAGGAAACCCUAUAUCUGCUUCUCGUUUGAUUUCUAGAUACAAUAUUCUGCCAGUGGAACAUGUUUAACUUCGGUGAAUAUGCACAAAUAUGUCACCUCCCUCUGUCUUCUUUGAAAGAGUUACAUUUUCCCUGACUUAUACUGAAAUUCUCUGACUUGUCUUACGGGGAAUGAUUAAUUUUCCUGGCAUGGUAACACAUGUCACACAGUUCACACCUAAUAUUGUGAGGAGAUCCGAAAUCCAGAUAUUCUUUUCGAAUAUUAAAUAGGAUCGAAAAUAGGAGGUCAGCAAUAAAAAAAAAAUUGUUAUGCUUGACUUAAAAGACACAGCUGUGUGUUUAUGUAUAACGCUGCUAUACAAUGAUGAUAUGUUUUACUUGGGAUGGUUUUGGGGAAGUAAAUGUAAUGAAAAUUGUAAGCGAAAGCGUUGUUCAGAAAGGAUUUUGUGUACAAAUGUAACGCUUCCCUAAACAUGUCACACAUUAUCGGUGUUCUAAACUGUUCAUUGUUAAGGUGGCUCGACUGGAUUUUUUGGGAGGGAUAGCUCCGAAGUUUGAGGAUUAACUACGUCGCCAUGAGUAACGAUAUGGGAAAAAGAUUACCAAAACUAUGAGAUGAAGCCGCGUUUCGCAAGCUUGUCAUUUUCUUAAAAAUUUAGCUAAGUGUGUAGAUAGCAUACUAUUUCACUGUUUUUAUGAUGCUUAAAACUUCGUUUCAAAAUAUCUCGAAAACGCUCUCAUAGAAUUUGCUCAAACUUUGCCAUAACUGAGGUAAUUAUGGUAGGUACAAACUCCCUUAAGCGAUUUCUUAAAAAAACUCUUGGUACAGAGAAACACAAACAUAAAUCAAAAACGUAAUGGCGUCGUUACGUUGCUACGGCGACUCCGAUUGGAAUAAAACCCAGAUUAUGAGAAAUUUUCAUGUUUGUAUAAUAAAGUUGUGGUAAUCCUUUUCCCAUAUCUUUACUCUCGGCGAUGUAGUUAAUGCUCAAACUUGGGAGGUAUCCCCCCAAAAAAAUCCAGUCGAGCCACCUUAAAUAAAGCUUGCUGUAAAACCCAUUGUUGCUCAUGGUGUAAAGGCUGAUCGACUGUCCCGAGUCCGUUGGAAAAAUAUUGUUGACGUGCACAAUUCUUGCUGCCUAUGGCUGCAUCGAAGAAGGUAAUUUUGACUGUAAACUUUAAGCGUUGCCUGAUCCAGUCACGUCGCUUUUGGAAGCGUCGACAGCCGGUUUUCCGUCCCUUCAUCGGUUUCGGUUACACUGUAAUUGUAGUAUUUUGUUGCUGCCUCUGUACACGUUUGUGGUCGCUGUGUUGACGACGUUGCCUUCGCUGUGCUAAGCGAUGUUCUCUCUGCUUCGCAGUUGUCUUCUUCGAUCCACUCGCCGAUGAAUUUUCAUCGGCGUAUUUUCCAGAGGAGUUUCAGCGGAAAAUCUUCCUCGGCGAGGAUUUGCGGCUACUUGCUGUGCUUGCAGUUCUGUGUCACUUGGAUGGGAAAUUGUUCGUGAUUCACCGAUGGUAA